GACGGGCUUGCUUAGUCUUGCAUGCUACGUGCGAGAAUUCAUAGGAUUAUACCGAGAUACUCUCGCUCUAUAAAUUACUUUCGAGAGAGUCGUGAGAUGACCGCAAAUCGCGAUUCAUUGCCCUACCGCAUUUCGACCUCCGAGCUGCCCGCAGAGUCAUUCCGCACUAUCCCACAUCCUCUGAACCCCGAAUGCAUUCGACAGUCGUUUUCACUGGGCGACGCCUGCGGGCUUACUAAGCUCGGGGUGCACGUCUGUCGCGUUGCACCGCACACCCAGAGCUCCGUCCUACAUUGGCACAGUAAUGAGGACGAAUGGAUCUACAUUCUCGAAGCCGGAGGCUCUGGUGCAACGGUCAUCAUACAAGCUGGAGACGAUGCGGCGCUCAAAGAGGAGAAGGCCCAGAAGGGAGACUUUUUCGCUUUCCCGGCGGGCAAACGCAUCUCGCAUGCGCUGCGGGCGGGCGACCAGGAACUCGUGUACCUCUGCUCAGGGAGUCGCUUGGAGAUGGACGUUUGCACCUACCCAUCUGUGGGCAAGAGUCUCGUCAUUGACCGGACGAAGGGAGGCAGCAACUGGUUCGUGAACGAAUCAGCGAAGGAACGUUGGUAGAACAAGGGUGCGAUUCACUCGCUAUGGGGUUUGCUUGACGUCUGCAUCUUCAUUGAAAUAUAUUCUGCUUCUCGGAAUCUGAUUUUGUAUCAUCACCACGGAAGACAACGUAUAUGUUGAAAAUGUAAAACUAUUGUUGCUAUAUAUGAGUCAUCGC